ACGUAGCACUGCGCCGGCUCAAUGACGUCUCUGCGUGACUAACCAAUUGAAGGGAGGAAUGGGUGGGCUGUGGAGAAUCAGCUUCCGGUUCCGUUGGGCUCGCUCCUCUUCUAGGCUACGUGUCUCAAGCUUCUCAAGCCGACAUCCCUCAACUGUCAACCAUGGACCAGGUAAUGCAGUUUGUUGAGCCCAGUCGGCAGUUUGUCAAGGACUCAAUUCGGCUGGUAAAAAGAUGCACCAAACCCGAUAGAAAAGAAUUCCAGAAGAUUGCCAUGGCCACAGCCAUAGGAUUUGCUAUCAUGGGAUUCAUUGGCUUCUUUGUGAAACUCAUCCAUAUCCCUAUUAAUAACAUUAUUGUGGGUGGCUGAGUGCUUUAUCUUCGUGGGAACUAGUGAACAAAUGAGGGUGUGAGAAGCUCAUGAAGUAAAAAAGUUGCCUGUAUACUUUGUGGUUUCUUUUUCCUUUCCUCCUCCCUAAGAGGUUUUCUAUUCUAAAUUAAAAUAAUUUCAAAAUAAACAUUUUUUUCCAUGACAGA